AUGGCUACCGCCCAGGGACAGGAUAUUAUUUGCUGCCAGUUGUGUACAAACCCUGUAGAACAUCACUGCAACCUUUGUCAUGUGGACCUUUGCCUCUCAUGCAUACCAAAGCAUAUGGCAGACAAAUCAAAGGAACAUGAAGUUGUUGGAUACACUUCUAGAAAAGAAUACUCUGUUGUUCUUCCAACAUGCCCUACACAUGAGAAAAAGCGAUGUGAAAUGUAUUGCCAAAACUGUCAAAUACAAAUCUGUAUUCAGUGUCUUAUGGGUUUGCACAAAAAACAUGAAUUUACUGAAAUCCAUGAUAUUUUACAAGAACAUAAACGGCAAAUAAUAUCUGAUACAGAAGAACUGGAAAGUACAAUUGUUCCAAAAUACAAAAACAUAAAUCUGUGUACAGACACAACAGAGUUUGACAAAGUUCUAGCAUCAAUAGAAGAUCAAGAGGAAAAAAUUUGCAAAGCUGUGCAUGAAGCCGGAAGUCAACUGAAAGAUCAGCUAGCCUAUCAAAAGAAAGAAGCUGUUAGAAAGAGCAAAGAAAGUCAGUCCUUGGCUGAAAAAGAAGUCAAUCACCUUGUUCAAAAGAAUAAAGAUAUCAUCAAAAGUAAUGAUGCCACAGCCAUAAUAAACUAUCAAUCUAGAAUUAAGAAUUUUCAUAAAGGCCCAGUAUUACCAAGUUUUUCUUGUCCAAAGUUAUUCCCUGGUGUUAUUAAAGGAAACCAAAUCACAGAAAUGUUUGGUCUUCUUCAGACUAGGGAUGAACUGCAGAAAAAGACUGAAAUGCUGAAAAUGAUGGAUGAACCUGUGGUAUUAAGUACCAUACAAAGUCCUUAUGGAGGUAAACACUGUCUGUGGAGAGUGCUAUGUGUGGGGAGAGAUAAGAUCUUGAUCAGUGGUGGCAUUGGUACAAUCAAACAAAUAAACAGGACAGGAUCUAUUCUACAAACAAUUCAAGUAAAUGAUAAUGUUUUGACAUUAGCCAUUAAUUCACAACUUGAACCAGUGUUUUCCUUAAGUAAUAUUCCUAAGAAACAAACAGACAUAUAUAUCUAUAAAAGGAACAAAAUGAAUGUUUUAUUAAGCACAUUUAACUGGUUUCCUACUGGUUUAUAUUACACAAGGAGUGGAGAUCUACUGGUGAGCAUGCGAUCUAUGGAUGAUACACAAAGUAGAGUGGUGAAAUAUUCAGGGACCAUGGAGUCUCAGAAGAUCCAAUAUGACAGUCUGGGACAACCAUUGUUUUCUACUGGUGUUACAAAUGUUCUUCUGCUAACUGAGAAUGGUAAUAGUGACAUCUGUGUGGCUGACUAUGCUGGAAAGGCAGUUGUGGUGGUGAAUUCUUUUGGAGGAUUACGAUUCAAGUAUCCUGGCAACCUCUCCAAACAAACAAAUUACAGAGACUUUAUCCCACUUAACAUUGCUACUGAUGUCAAUACUCAAAUACUGAUAAGUGACAGCUCAAACAACAUUGUCCACAUUAUAGACGUUGAUGGAAACUUUAUCCGUUAUAUAGAACAUCCAUGUAAAGGCGGACUCAGUAUUGAUGCUGAUCAUAAUCUUUUUAUUGGAGACACAGUUAGUGGAAAAAUGAAAAUGAUCAAAUAUCUAGAGUGA